AUGGAAGGGUAUCUAGCAAGACCUCUAACGGUCCGUCUGCAAACUGAGGAGGAUAUCUCAACUCGUGACGUGAUAAUGGCACUCCAGACUGUAGUAGAGGAAGAAAACAUCAAAUGCGUGACUCAGACUCUCCGCCAUGGCGUUUGGCAAAUCUCCUUUGGGAAUCAAACCGCAAAAGACACUGUUUUGAGAGCUGGCCUUGACAUCAAGGAACGACAUUAUGAAUGCGUAGAGCUGUCAGGUUCACGACCACAACAUGCACACCCUGCAGGACCACCACCUGCACUGGUGACAUGUAAGAUGCCAUACGAGAUGCCAGAUGCAACAAUUAAAAGUGUAUUGUCAAAACAUGGCCAUGUGUCACGUGUACACCGUAGAUGCUACUCUUUCGCCCCCACGAUUGAAACAGGAGUUCGAGUAUUCACUGUUGUUAACCCCAAGGGAACCUUUCCUAUCUCAUUGCAAGUUGGCCAUUAUCUAAUCAGAUUUUAUGUCAGAUAUGCAGGUGAACCAACACGGUGUUAUCGAUGUGACGAAGCUGAUCACCACGUGAAAGACUGUCCAAAACCGUCAUCCUUCCGACGCUGUUAUCAUUGCAAUGGUACGGAUCAUGUGUAUAGAAACUGUAAAAGCUAUAGUACGGCUAGCACAAGAGCUACAGAACAGAACAGACCAGAACAGUCUGAUACAUCUGUGAAAGAGACUACACCACCACUACCUUGUGGUUAUGAGGGUACCUUAUCAGAUGACAAGGAUGACAUCCAACUGAGUGAAUGGGAGACAAAUAAGACAACAAGCUGGUGUGAAGCAGAAUCAAAUCAAGGAACGGCAAGUGAAAGUGACAUGAAAGAGGGCUCUCAGAGUGAUGCAAACGAUAAAAGAACACGCAAAAGAGGAAGGAAUGAAAAAGAAACACUCUCACCAACACCUGACACGAAUACACAGCUAAAACAAAGAAAGAAGAAAAAGAAGAAAGCACGAGAGAAAUCAGUUACUGAACACCCACAUGUGGAAAACCAGGACGCAUGUGGGACGUUGCCAGCUCCAGUCUAGACUCGACUGGAAAUGUUUUGUGUUCUUUUUUCUCUUUCCCUCUCUCGCUCUAAUGACUCUACAAAUUGCUACUCUCAAUGCUCAAGGAAUGACUAACAGGAUGAAACGACAACAAAUUGCAGACUGGAUGAUCAGAAAGAAUAUCGAUAUUUUGUGUUUACAAGAAACAUAUGCAACAGCUGAAAAUUCAAAUUGGCAAUUACAGUUUCCUGAACAUUCCAUUUUUCAUGCUUAUGGUACAAAUCAUUCCAAAGGAGUAUCUAUCAUUGUGAAAAAUAUGCCCCAACUACAAUGCAAGAAGGUCCUACAAGACUCCAACGGACGUUAUUUAUCUAUGAAAGUAAACUACCCUUCCCUCACGUUCGACCUCGUCAACCUUUACGCACCAACGUCCUCAGCUGAUCGCAAAGAUUUCUAUCAAAUCGUGACUUCACAGCUGCAGAAUUCACCAAGAUUGGUUGUCUGUGGUGAUUUCAAUUGCGUCCUUAACCCCAGUAUGGACAAACUGUCCCAAGCAAAACUAGGACCCAGGAGCAGCGACACUGCUGCACUUCACACGCUUCUCUCAACCCUCAACUUGACUGAUAUAUACCGACAAUGCCAUCCAGAUGCUCCGGGUUACACAUGGAGUCGAUCAAAUCCACCAGUAGCCUGCCGACUAGAUAUGUUCCUAGCCUCAUGUGUGUUGGAAAACAAAGUACAUGAGAUUUCUGUUCUUCCCACAGCGUUCAGUGACCACUCGUGUGUACUUCUCAAACUUCUAGCUUCGUCAACAUGUACUAGAGGACGGGGAUAUUGGAAACUUAACAAAAGUCUUUUGUCUGAGGCUUGUUACCGACGGAAAGUCACCGCCUUUUGGCUACACUGGCAAUAUCAGAAACCACGGUUUUUGUCACUCCUCGAAUGGUGGGACACCGGAAAGGCUCAUAUCAAAUCUUUGUCGAUACGUUAUGGAAUUCAACGCCAAAGAAAACGAAAUAAAACUAGGACUAGACUUGAACAAUCACUACAAAAAGCACAGUGCGCAAUUCAAAACGGCCAAAUCACAGCAGUCUCAAGAGCAGAAUUCUUUCGGAAACGCUUACAAGAAUAUGAGCAAGAAAAUAUUCAAGGUAAACAAGUUCGCUGCCGAGCACAAUGGAUAGAGAGUGGAGAAACUUCGGGUAAGUUUUUCACCGCAAAAGAAAACAUCAAGGGAACUCGAGACUGUAUCACUGAACUAAACUAUCAAGGCAAGAGAGCCACAGACACAAAUGCCUGUCUUCAUCUUACUCAAACAUUUUAUACCGACCUCUACCGAGAGCAACCAAUCGACGACGAAACUAGUGUGCAAGCUCUGUCUCAUCUCAACAAACAAUUAACAUGCACAGACAGUUUUUCGUGUGAAGGUCCGUUAACGCUGGAAGAGUGUACAGAGUCUCUCAAAACACUACACGCAGGCAAGUCUCCUGGAAUGGAUGGUCUUACGACAGAAUUUUAUAGAGCUUUCUGGUCACUGCUUAGAGACGAUUUUGUGCAAAUGGUUAACGCAGUCGAAGAAAAGACCUCUCUUUCGUAUAGCCAGAGAACCGGAAUCAUCCGUAUCAUAUAUAAGAAAGGAAAUCGAAACGAUCUCAAAAACUGGCGUCCCAUCAGCCUUCUGAAUACCGACUACAAAAUAAUCACAAAAGCUCUAACAAAUCGUCUAAAGAAAGUAGUCGGAUCAAUCAUCCACCCAGACCAGAGUUGCAGUAUUCCCCAUUGAGCCAUACAAGACAAUUGCGCAACAAUCCGAGACGUACUUCACUGGUGCUCUGGUACAGAGAAAGAUUUGGCUGUCAUCUCUCUAGAUCAAACAAAAGCGUUCGACAAGGUUAACUGGACACAUCUGUCUAGAGUACUCGGUGCUUUUGGGUUUGGUCCCUCUUUCCAAAAAUGGGUAAAAAUAGUGUAUUCUAACAUCGGCAGUCACGUCAUAGUCAAUGGAUAUCUGUCAUCAAGAAUAGACAUACACCGCGGCGUCAGACAAGGAUGUCCACUGUCACCUCUUUUAUGUGUUCUCAGUUUCGAGCCUUUAGCAUCAGCAAUAAGACAAAAUCCUAUCAUACAAGGAGUGCCAACUGUUGACGACCCUCUCAGAGAUAGUAUUAAAGUAUCCAGUUAUGCAGAUGACAUGACUGUUUUUCUAACAACAGAGACAAGCUUUCAGGCCUUAAAUGAUGAACUAACGGUCUAUAACUCUGCCAGUGGAGCACACCUCAACCGAGAAAAGUCGGUUGGUUUAUGGCUUGGAAAGUGGAAACGUCAAGAAAACCCAUUGCAAAUAAAAUGGACUACCACAGCGAUCAAGAUUCUUGGCCUAACGUUCAGUCCUUCGUAUUAUGAAUCUAUGAAAGAAAACUGGUCAAUGGUCUUAGAGAAACUGAAAAAGACAUUGGACAUUUGGAAAAGUCAAGAUCUGUCAUACCUAGGGCGAGCACACGUCCUGUCAACAUACGCUUUAAGCAAAAUAUACUACACGGCACACACAUAUACUAUGCCUCAUCAAACGUUACAGCAAUUCCAAGACAUUAUCUGGGAUUUCCUUUGGAUUAAAACGCCACCACUAAUAAAAAGAUUGGUGUGUAUUUCACGAAGUAGAGAUGGAGGACUAGGCAUGCCUCAUCUUCUUUCUAGACUAAUGGC